AUGUCUUCAAAGAUGUGGGAAAUCACUUUGGACCAUGGUCGAUCGUGUGUUCUUAAUAAUAGCCAGUUGUACCAACCUCGUGGAUUUGAGAAGGAAACUGCUGUGGUCUUCAAUGUUGUAGCUCAAGUGAAAUUCCGCUCGUGGAUUUUUUUGUAUAUUCAUGCUGAGAAGUUAUCCAAAAUUGAAAAGGCUCAAGCCGAGGUAAUAGUAAUUGAUGCAUUGAGUCACCUUAAUGAAGUAAUCUCGUAUGAUGAUGAGUCUUUCCAUGAUGAGGCACUUUCUCUAACUCUCAGUUCUUAA